CGCUGGGCUCUCAAACAGACUGGCACACUGUUGCUUCUUGGACUUGGGAUGCCCAGGAUGAAACAUGUGGGAUUUGUAGGAUGGCCUUUGAUGGCUGUUGUCCUGAUUGUAAGCUCCCUGGGGAUAAUUGCCCACUAAUUUGGGGUGUAUGCAACCAUGCAUUCCAUCUUCAUUGCAUCUUAAAAUGGGUGAAUUCUCAGACGUCUCAAGCACAUUGCCCCAUGUGCCGUAGGGAAUGGCAGUUCAAAGGAUGAGAGUAAAAUUGGAGGAGUUCCAGAGAGGAUUUUAUUGAACACCUGCUGUGAGAAAUGAAUGUGUGGUGGGGGGGGGGAUAGGUUGAUGUAAGGUGAGAUAACACUAAGAUCUGGAAGCUUCAGUUUUCUCUCACUUUUUUGUAGUCUAUCCAUCAAUCCAUGUUAUAAGAAAUGACAAUCCUUAACGCUAAUGUGGGGAGUGGUGGUAAGCUCAUUUAUUUUUCAAAUUGAUUGAAUCUAAUGUUUUGGCAUUAUUGUCGAAUCUCGAUGAUGUCGAGAUCAUACUGCCCAAGGUAGAAAAGAUUAUCUUUCCACAUUUCGCCUUGAAGCUUCUUCAAGUUCUUCGACUUGUGACAGGUACUGACUUUCGUUUUCUUUGUGACAAUUAUUUUUUUGUUUAGUGGAUGAUGAUGAUAUAUAUAUCUUCUUAUUGCCAAACUUAAAAGAGUGAUUAUGCUCCA